UUUUUUUUCUUUCCUUGGCAAUUCCCACUUCCGUCUUAUACAUAAAUAAAUCUUACUUUCAUUUCUAUGUUAAAUAAUGAACUGCAAACCUUCUGAAACGAAGCAGAAAAAAGAAGCAAAGACAAAAAGGAGGCACUGAGCUUGUAACAGAGAAAAUGAAUAGCAAAAUGGCAAUGUCACGUCCUGUGUGUCUGAUAGAAAACAGGGAUGGAAUAGAGCUGGUGAUUAAUGAGGAGGCUAUGAAGAUUCUGUCAAAGAUUGUUCAGCCUGUGGUGGUUACAGCAAUUGUAGGAAAGUAUCGAACUGGGAAAUCUUACCUGAUGAACAAGCUGGCAGGACAAAGAACUGGAUUUGCUUUGGGGUCUACCAUCCAGUCUAAGACAAAAGGGAUCUGGAUGUGGUGCGUUGAUCAUCCUUCUAAGCCUGGGCAUACCCUUGUGCUUUUAGACACAGAGGGACUGGGGGAUGUGGAAAAAGGAGAUAGUAAGAAUGAUGCUUGGAUAUUUUGCCUUGCUGUUUUGAUGAGCAGUAACUUUGUAUUCAAUAGUAUAGGAACAAUUGACCAGCAAUCAAUGGAUCAACUACAUUAUGUGACUGAAUUGACAAAAAGAAUUCGUUUAACAUCAUCAUCCAAGGGGGAAGAUGAAACUUCUGAAUUUAAAAGAAUUUUUCCAUCCUUCACCUGGUGUGUUCGAGAUUUCACGCUGAUGCUGGAGCAAGAUGGCAAGAAUGUGACAGAGGAUGAAUAUUUAAUGAAUGCAUUGAAACUCAAGAAAGGUUCUAAUAAGGCUACAAUGGAUUACAACAUGCCUCGCGAGUGCAUCCUUCAUUUCUUCCACUCACAUAAAUGCUUUGUAUUUGACCGACCUGCUAGUAGAAAAAAACUUCAACACCUGGAGGAGCUGGAAGAGAGUGAGCUGGAAGAGGACUUUGUGGAACAAGCUGGAAAGUUCUGUGCUUUUAUGCAUAAGGAAGGCCACGUUAAAACCCUCCCAGGUGGAAUACUGGUUACUGGGAGAUUGUUGGGGAAUCUCACAGACUCCUAUGUGAAGGCAAUACAGAGUGGUUCUGUCCCUUGUAUGGAGAAUGCAGUAUUGGCUCUAGCAGAGCUUGAGAAUAUGGGAGCUGUGAAGGAUGCAUUAUCCAAAUAUGACUCUAUAAUGAGCCAGUAUGUGAAAACAUUCCCAACUGAGACAAAUGAAGAAUUUCUGAACAUGCACAGGGAAUGUGAAGUGAAGGCUUUGGAAGUCUUUAUGGCACGCUCCUUCAUGGAUGAAAAUCAAAAGUAUCAAACAGAGCUAAAGAAAUUAAUAGACAAGAAAAUGAAAGAGUUUACUGAAUGUAAUAUGAAAGCAUCUGAAGAUCUAUGCAGAGCCCUAAUAGAGGAAUUCAGCAAGACUUUAGAGACAGGAAUAUCCGAAGGAGAAUACUCAAAACCUGGUGGCCACAAGCUCUAUCUAAUAGAAAAAAUGAAUUUACUGGAAGAAUACAAUUUACAGUCUGGAAAAGGCAUAAAGGCUCUUGAGGUGCUACAGAAUUAUCUAAAUGACAAAAGGGCAGUAGAAGAUGCUAUACUGCGGGCAGAUCAGACCUUGACUGAGAAGGAAAAGCAGAUUGCAGAGGAGCAGGCUAAGGCAGAAGCUUCUAAAAGAGAGAAAGAAAUAAUAGAGGAGAAUAACAGGCGUCUCCAGCAGUGUUUGGAAGAUCAGAAGAGAAGUUUUCAGCAGAAUGAAAAAAUGUUGAAGGAUAAGAUGGAAGAGCAGGAACGCAAAAUGAGACAAGAAAAUGAAAGGCUGAUUCAACAGAAACUGCAGGAACAGCAAGUUAUGCUGAAUGCAGGUUUCCAAGAUAAAUUUAAUGCUCUGCAGAGUGAGAUUGCACAACUGAGAGCUCCAAAAAAACGCAGAUGUGUUGUCUCUUGAGGAUUAUGUUAUGACAAAUCACCCAUUAAAGACACAUUUAUAUACUGAAAAUGGAAAUAUUUAAAAGAAAGCCAUAAUUUACCUCAAAUAUUUCACUAUAGUAUUAAGUUAUAUGUGUUGUUGUAUAGAAUUAGAAGAACAUUUCCUAUAUUGUAUAACUCUGUUUUAUCACGUAAUGCAAAAUAUAUCUGCAUAGUACUGAGGAUAACGAUGGACUUUGGAUCAGCUAUUUAGUUUAAUAUAUAUCUGCAUCUCCCAAGUAUACAUAAAAAGGAAACAUAAUGUGAUGCUACUAAUUAUUAACACAAACACAAGACUAAAAUGUAACCAAACAUGCACAGAUUUAGGCUUGUAGCACAGUGGUACUAGUAGUUACUCCAGACUUUCGGGUCGAUUUAUCAUUGCACAAGCAUUUCUCGUGAAAUGCUUGUGCAAUACCGCCCCCUGCACAUUCACGGCCUCUAGCAGGGAGUGUCAAUCAUCCCAAUCGUAUCCGAUUGGGAUGAUUGCUGUCCGCCGCCUCAGAGGUGGCGGACGAGUUAAGGAGCAGCGGAAUUUGCAGGUUGAUAAAUCGACCCCUUUGUCAUUACUGGAGGGGCCAAGCAAGUGGUGUGUCACAGUGAGGUCAGGCUAUAAUAUUAUAUAGGGAAAAUUGGGUUCAGGGAUUUUUUUUUAGCUUUAAUAAGAAAAAGAAAGUGUUUUUAUAAUUGUAGUUCAGUAAUAAAACACCUAGCUUAAA